CGCAUCUCUCUCUCGCUCACGCUAUGGAGAAAGCUCUCGAGCUCUUUCUCAACAUUGGUUUGAAUGAGGAAACCGCGCGCACAACCCUCGAAAAAACCAGCUGGGUCAGCACCGAUCUCACCGCCCUCAUCCACCAGGCUGGUGUCACGGAUGGGUGCGACCGAGCUAUUGGAAAUCUGUUGUACAUGAUGGCUACGAAGUACCAUGGAAAGGCUCUUGCGCAUCGUCCUACACUGCUCAAGUAUAUCGUCUCUUCCAAGAUAACAACUACAGUCCAGUUGGAAGCUGCAUAUUCGUUUUUAAUCAAAAGCAAAUCCGGUCCUGAGGACUUGAAGCUAAAUGAACUUGAGGAGGCGUGUGGUGUUGGGGUUGAGGUUUCGCAAGAAGACAUUGAGAGAGCCGUUGAGGGAAUCUUUCAAGAGAAUAUGAAUUCGAUAUUGGAGCAGCGUUACCGGACUGAUGUGGGGAAACAUAUUGAAAAUGUCAUGAAACGUUUGCCAUGGGCAGAUCGUAAGACUGUGAAGAGAGUCAUGGAUGGAAAAAUGUAUGAGCUGCUUGGCGAGAGAACUGCUGCUGACAAUGGUAAACCUAAAAAGGAGAAGAAAGAGAAGCCUGCCAAAGUAGAGAAAGCUGUUGUGGAAGCUGUCCCACAUCCAUCUGAUGAUGAGCUUAAUCCAUUUUCUAUAUUCCCUCACCCAAACCAGAAUUUUGCGGUUCACACAAAAGUGGUUUUCAGCGACAAUUCUGUUAUGGAAUAUAGCAAUACCAAGGAAGUGCUUGACAAGCAUCUCGGGGUGACUGGAGGGAAAGUUUAUACCCGUUUCCCUCCUGAACCAAAUGGUUAUCUACAUAUUGGGCAUGCCAAGGCUAUGUUUGUUGAUUUCGGUCUUGCAAAGGAGAGAGGUGGCUGCUGUUAUCUAAGGUAUGAUGAUACAAAUCCCGAGGCGGAGAAGAAAGAGUAUAUUGAUCACAUCGAAGAUAUUGUUAAAUGGAUGGGUUGGGAACCCUUCAAGGUUACUUACACCAGCAAGUAUUUCCAAGAACUGUAUGAUUUGGCAGUGGAGUUGAUUCGAAGAGGUCAUGCUUAUGUUGAUCAUCAGAAUGCUGAUGAGAUAAAAGAUUACAGAGAAAAGAAAAUGAACAGCCCUUGGAGGGACAGGCCUAUUCAAGAAUCUCUAAAACUUUUUGACGAAAUGAGACGAGGGAAGAUUGAAGAAGGCAAGGCAACACUUAGAAUGAAACAAGAUAUGCAGAAUGAUAAUUAUAACAUUUCACAUCUCACCCUCAUGCUGGUGACAAAUGGAAAAUCUAUCCGACUUAUGACUAUGCUCACUGCAUUGCGGGCUUCUUAUUAUUGGUUGUUGAAUUCCCUGAGUCUCUAUAUGCCGCAUGUGUGGGAAUAUUCACGGUUGAAUGUCACCAACACUGUAAUGUCCAAGCGUAAGCUGAAUUACAUUGUGACAAACAAGUAUGUUGAUGGUUGGGAUGAUCCUCGUCUUUUAACACUUGCUGGCUUGAGACGGAGGGGUGUGACUCCAACUGCGAUAAAUGCAUUUGUUCGAGGGCUUGGAAUCACCAGAAGUGAUGGUAGCAUGAUACAUAUGAGUCGUCUUGAGAGUCACAUUAGAGAGGAGUUGAAUACAACAGCUCCUCGCACGAUGGUGGUGUUGAAUCCUCUUAAGGUGGUCAUCACCAAUAUGGAACCAGACGAGGUUAUUGAGAUUGAUGCUAAAAGGUGGCCUAAUGCUCAAAAUGACGAAGAUCUCUCGGAAACCUACAAGGUUCCGUUCUCUAGAGUUGUGUACAUUGAGCAAUCUGACUUCCGAAUGGAGGAUUCGGCAAAAUACUAUGGACUUGCUCCUGGCAAAUCAGUCCUUCUUAAAUACGGUUUCCCAAUAAAGUGCACAAACGUUGUCCUGGGUGAUGACGCUGAAACAGUUUGUGAGGUUCAUGCGGAGUAUGAUCCUGAGAAAAAGCCAAAGCUAAAGACUCUACAUUGGGUCCCGGAAAAAGAUAUGUUAAAAGUUGAAGUCAGAAAAUUUGAGAAACUCUUUAACUCCGAGAACCCAGCUGAACUCAAUGAUGACUGGCUCACCGACAUAAACCCCAACUCCAAAGUUGUAGUUUCUGAUGCAUAUGCUCUUUCAACCAUUAAAGAUGCUGUGGUCGGGGAUACGUUCCAGUUCGAGAGGAUGGGUUAUUACGCGGUUGACAAAGACUCUAGACCGGGAAAGCUCGUCUUUAACCAGACGGUGACGCUCAAAGACGGCUACAAGAAUGGAUUACUGUAUGAAAUGCUUAGGCCUGAGAAAAAUGGGAGCUCGAAAUCGACUUGGAAGGUACUUGUUAUGGACAAGUUCACAGUGAAGAUAAUGUCAUCUGUCUGCAAAAUGUCUGAGAUCACACAAGAAGGCAUUUCCUUGGUUGAGGUCAUAACUAAACAUAGACAACCUAUGACUUCUAUGGAAGCCAUAUACUUUAUUCAACCGACCGAAGCGAAUGUCACUACGUUUUUGUCAGAUAUGACUGGAAAAUCACCACUUUACAAGAAGGCUUUCGUUUUCUUUAGUUCUCCUGUUUCGAGAAGCUUAGUUACUCUCAUUAGGAAAGACUUGAGAGCAAUGAAACGAAUUGGCGCUCUGAAAGAGAUGAACUUGGAGUAUAUUAGCAUGGACAGUCAGGGGUUCGUUACGAAUAACGAAAAUGCUCUAGAAGAACUUUAUAGUGACGACGAAAACCAUCAGAGAGCAGAUGCUUGCUUGAAUGUGGUAGCUAAACGCAUCGCUACAGUUUUGGCGUCACUAAAGGAAUACCCCAUUGUGCGCUACCGUGGAGCCAAAGCUCUUGAUGCCACGACAAUGACAACAUACCGAGAGUUAAUUCCUACAAAGCUUGCUGCUAGUGUAUGGAAUUGUCUGGCAAGAUACAAACAGACAAUCGAUGAUUUUCCUCAGACUGAAACAUGUGAACUACUUAUUCUAGAUCGAUCCAUAGACCAGAUCGCACCUCUCAUUCAUGAGUGGACAUAUGAUGCGAUGUGCCACGAUUUGCUUUCCAUGGAAGGAAAUAAGUACACACACGAGGUUCCGAGUAAAACUGGUGAUAAUCCUGAGAAAAAAGAGGUUCUUCUAGAUGAAGAAGAUCCCAUUUGGCUGGAGCUUCGAGAUGCUCACAUUGCAGAUGCCAGUGAAAGAUUGCAUGAGAAGAUGACAAACUUCGUGUCCAAGAACAAAGCCGCGCAACUGAAACACAGUUCAAAAGAAUUUGGUGAUCUUUCAUCUAAAGACUUGCAGAAGAUGGUUCACGCUUUGCCUCAGUACAGUGAGCAAAUUGACAAGCUUUCUCUUCAUGUAGAGAUUGCUAGAACAAUUAACAGAACUAUCAUGGAACAAGGUCUAAGAGACCUCGGGCAGCUCGAGCAGGACCUUGUUUUUGGGGAUGCUGGAAGAAAAGAGGUUAUAAACCAAGAAAGUAAGCUCCGGUUAAUGAUGAUUUUCGCGGCAAUUUACCCCAAGAAGUUUGAAGGUGAAAAGGGACGAAAGAUGAUGGAGCUAGCAAAAUUGUCGGGAGAUGAUGUAGUAGCUGUGAACAAUUUGAGAUUACUUGGACCGGUACCUACAGAGUCUAAGAAAAGCACAACAGGAUCAUUCCCUCUAAAGUUUGAUGUUCUUAAGAAGAAGCGAGCUGCUAGAAGAGAUCGUGUUGGUGAAACUCAGACAUGGCAAUUAUCUCGUUUUUAUCCAAUCGUAGAGGAGCUUGUUGAGAAACUUAACAAAGGUCAUUUGCCUAAACAAGACUACCCUUGUAUGAACGAACCGAGGCCAACCUUUUAUUCUGGUUCUCAAUCUCCUUCAGCGAGUCCUGUGUUGCCUCAUUCAAGACGAACACCAACUUGGGCAAGACGCCAUCUUUCAGAUGAUGGAUAUUUCAGUGACUCGGUUCUAGGACGAGCAUCUAGUGGAUUGAAGAGAAAGGGACAGCGGAUUUUCGUCUUCAUAGUAGGAGGAGCAACGAGAUCUGAGUUAAGGGUUUGCCACAAACUUACGGAGAAGCUUGACAGAGAAGUUAUCUUAGGCUCGUCCAGCUUCCUGGACCCACAAACUUUCCUCUCUAAAAUGAAACGGCUAAACGAAGAAGAGGAGAUCUCACUGGAUGAUAUCGACAUUUAAUUUUUUUUCUGUUUCUCUGUCGUUUUAGACAACUUAUUGUGUGCGUGGCGAUUUUUGUUUUGGAAAUAAAAUGGUGAAGAUUUCUUCCCUCUGUAAAUAAAUACAUUUUGUUUGUUUCCUCUAAACAACUAGUGGAUUGUUUUCUUGAAAUUUUCAUUCUCCGAUUAUUGAAAAAAGCGUUAAAGC